CACUUCAACAGACAUUGCAGUGGGGGAAAUGGUUUCCUUAAGGUUUACUACCUCUGUUCUCCUUUACUUCCUCUUCUCCCUGCAAGUAUGCAACUCCCAUGCUCAACAAGGGACAGAUGAAAUGCCUGCAAUUCAGAAAAACGGGAUAAUGGCGGGACUUGUAGGAAUAAGCACUCCACCUGUCGAAAAGGAAAUUCACGAUGAAUUAAUUCGCUCGACGAAAGAAGAGCAUGUGAUGAUGGUCGGGGGUAGGAAGAUGAAGAUGAGGAAGGCGUUGAGUGAAGAUUCUUCUAUUGCCAGUGCCAGCAAGGAAGAAAGUUCCAUUGGAGGAGCUUCGGAAAAUAUUUCAGGAGAGGCCGAGUAUGCUUUGAAGAAGCGCCAUGGGAGCUCUUCUGUGCACAUGAUAAAUCAGUCGAACACAAACUCGUCGCAUUCCCCCGAAAGCUCGAUAUCAUCGCGAACAUCACCAGAGAAAUCAGUAACGACCGGAGGGUUGUCGUCUGAAGAGAAUCGGCCCGGGCCCGAAAACCACUCGGGGGCGGCGGCAGGUGGGGAUGAAGCUAAAGGGCUGAUGAUUAUGGACUACUUCCACGGGACAGCCCGCCACCCCCCUCCGAUCAACAAUUGAUGAAUGAAUCCGUUUCAACAAAUUUCAUCCAGUGUUUCACAAUUUUGGCCUCAAUAGAUGAUUAAUUUCACAUAUGCUCUAGAUUAUUAUAGAAUGUACUCUAACCAAUCCCCUUUAGUGUGAGUUAAUUGUUACGUGCCGGAAUUGACGACUGGGAUGCUGUGAUCAAUCGUAUGAUUAACAUCUUUA